AUGGAUCCGAAGUUGAGCAUUCGUCCCGAUGAUGCCCUACCGAAUCCAGGGAAUACUCCCGAAUAUCUGCUCCCUCGUACACAAUCCAACGCGCGUACACGUCUUCUCGCACUGCCUGCAGAGAUUCGCGAGAAGAUCUACAAGUUCACCCUCGUUAACAACAAGGAAGUCACCGUCUACACGGGAAGCGCCAAGUUCGACCGCGGACUAGCCCCCUACGCCCUCGCCUUACUAAGGACUUGUCGACAAAUCUACAUUGAAUCGCGUCUGGUAUUCUACUCCGGAAACAAUUUCAACUUUCCCUACGUAACCCUCGUGCACUACUACUGGGCCGUGAACCGCAAGCUCUCGCGCGAACAGUUGGAAACUAUCCAGAGCGUCGUCUUCGACCAGGCACGGCUUUACAGCUGGACCGGAACACAGUGCGAUUUUCCUUGGAUGGUGGGUAUGAAGACCUUUCCGAAAUUAAAGAAGGCUGUGUUGCGGGGUCUGAGUCCAAAGCAAAUGUCAGAGCGUGAUGCUGUGGUGGGAGGGAGCGCCACUUGGGUGGAACAACUCAAGAUCCAGAAGGGUAUCAAGCUUGAGGUCAUCAUCGAAGAUCAUUCGUAG